CACGAGAAGUCGCGUCUUGAUCACAGGUUGGACAAGACCUCGAGCUGCGAAGAUGAUUUUACAAAAGCUUCUACUGUAUGUGUCGUCGGCGGCCAUGUUUUGUUUCAUGAUUGGAAUCAAUGUUUUUCUUUUCAUCCUGAAUUUCAUCUCCCCGAGUCUCGCCAAAAGACACAUCCUCAAGAUGGGUGAAAAGUCCACGAUGACCCAGAAUCCGAAGUUCAAGUUCGAAGACUGGGGACUGACAUUUUUAAGUUUUUCCUUCAUCAAAACAGCCUCGUCUCACAUGUGGCUGUCUCUGGGACAGGAUGCUUUUGUCGGCGGGGAGGCGCCGGACACACCUGUGGUCACCAUGGACCGACAGAAGUCCACCAUUUGCAGCUUUUUAAAAGAUAACAGACCCCUGGUGCUGAGCUUCGGAAGCUGUACCUGACCCCCGUUCAUGUUCAAACUUGAUGAGUUCAAGCAACUCGUCAAGGACUUCAGCGACGUGGCCGACUUUCUGGUGGUCUACAUCGCAGAAGCUCACUCAACUGAUGGUUGGGCUUUCAGUAACAACUAUGACAUCAACCAGCACCAGAACCUGGAGGACAGGCUGGCUGCUGCAAAGAUCCUGCUCAAAGAGGAUCCACUCUGUCCUGUGGUCGUGGAUGAAAUGUGCAAUGUCACUGCCAUGAAGUACGGCGCUCUGCCUGAGAGGCUGUAUGUUCUUCAGGCAGGGAAAGUUGUUUACAAGGGAGGGAUGGGCCCUUGGGGCUACUGCCCAGCUGAGGUGCGAACGGUUCUUGAAAAGAUGAAAUAAAAUUGUUAACUGAGAAAGGACAUGUGAUCCAGCUACUCCAAACAAGUGACCUUGAAAAUAGUCUGACUUUUCCUUUUUACAAAUGAUAGAAACUUAAGUAAAGCUAAAGUGAAGUGUAUUAUCAUCCGCAUACUAAAUAAUCAUCCUGUUAAUACUGAUCGGUCACUAACAUCCGAAAUGAAUUAACUUAAAGUCAUAAGUGGCCUUGAAACCAAAUGGGGAAAUCCAGGUCAAGGUGGAGGUCCACGUGUAGUUUUCUAUUGCUGCUGCACACAAUUCAGGACUUCAAGUAGAACAAAGUAUCCUGCAUUGCUUUCAGCCUGCGUGGGUGUCCCGAUUCCCGGAAGACACACCCCAAACAUAAAGACUUUCCAUCUGUUUUGUCUUCUGUUUUCAUGUUUAGAGUCAUCUCACCCCUCUGAACAUGAUCUCACUUGUCAUUGUUUCUUAGUGACGGCUGCAGUCGAAACUGCCUGAUUCUGUAGCUCGAUGUAUUGAAACAAAGGUGAGGCAUGGGGGAGAGGGGGAGGUCGCGCUUUCUGCUCCUGCAUCAAACAUUUUUUUUUGUCAAGAAUGUGUCAAAAGAUUUCUCAGUGGAUUCUUUUUUCAUGACGGUCGCAGUUUAAACCUCCGGUAACUGUUAUCUGAAAACCAAAAAGUUAUUUAUUGUUGAUCUUGUUGGCACAUUCUUAAUAAAUGUUAGAUAAUGCUAUCACACUUUAUCAAUCAUGUUUUUAAAGAUUUCAAAAGCUGUGCUUGUGUAUCUGUUGUGUUGACCAGCAGACUGUGUUUAUGUUGAUCUCGGCUUGCAUGUGAAAUGUUGACUGUCUGGUCUGGGAGUGAUAAGUGCAACAUGUUUUGUGCCUGAUGUGGGUCAUGCAAGUCAAGGCCAGAACCAUUUAUGCCCACAUACAAGUUAAUUCUUAACCAUCUUAUCGCUCCUCUUCCUCUGACAUGCACAUUGCUCGACAACUAUUAUGUAAUGAUGACAACAAAAUAAAAGUCAUUUUACAUCAUCUGAA